AACUCAGGGAAUAGUUACCCCGGACACGCACAAGUUGGUGACUCUACCUCAUUUUCGCCUGAUCCCCAUAAACACAUAUUGGGACGCUAUAGCCCUACUUUGGGGAUACCAUAUCAAAAAAAGGAAAAUGACACAAACCUAUCUGGCCGAGAUGCUAGAACUCUUGUGUCGCUCCAAUGUUGUCCUAACACAGGAGGAACUUACGAAUUGUCGACAUUCUUGGGGCAACUGUUCCGAGUUGGUACCUUGGCACGCACUAACUGGACGACAGAGGAGCCGACAACACCGUGUUGUCUUAUACAGCCGGACCAUAUCUUUACGCAGAACGCAGAUGGCGACCAUGUUCCCGUGCAUCAAGUGCCGGCGGGCAGCAGACAAGAUGAACCACAUGGGCGUUGCAAAAAUGAUCUCAUGGUAGUGGAAAAGAUUAAGAAUGAAUCUGAUGCCCGCCGUAUUGCGAAAUCUAUUUUGUAUGAGCUCAUAAAAAAAGAAUCAGAUGUUACCGAUUAUUUAGAGUGUAUUCAAAGGUUUGGUUUCAAUCACAUUAUUAUCAUCGGGGAACAUAAAAAUGGAUUGCUUUUUCUUGAUUGUUAUGGUCGAGUAUUUUAUUGGGAUGCUAUGGUUGGUCUGUUACGACCACUUGGAAAGAAUUUGGAUGAAUGCUUUCUUACCCAGCUGGUAUGGAACGAGUACGAUAGAAUUAUUACUGAAUUUUAUUAUUUUGAAUAG